UGUUUACUUCUAGUGGUUCUUAACGGAGAGUCGCGAAUCCGAUCACUUUAAAAUUCUCCCUCUUCCCCGACUGACCAUGAGUAAUCAAAGUCUGUGAUACAACAAAAAAAAAACAAACCACUAGGGAAAAAGCGUCAUACCGAGUCAUUCCUGCCCGUGUGCUCGUUCCGGACAAAUCAUUCUCACCGCUCGCAGUUAGUGCCACCUCACGAGACAAACCCCCCGAUUAACGAUAUGGCUCAGAAGCAGUAUACGCUGGCCGAGGUUGGCCAACACAAUAAGCCCACCGAUGUGUGGAUGGUCAUCCACGAUAAAGUGUACGAUGUGACCAAGUUUCUCCACGAGCAUCCCGGUGGCGAGGAGGUGCUGAUCGAAUAUGCCGGAAAGGAAGCUACGACAGAGUUUGAUGACGUUGGCCACAGCAGCGAUGCCAAAGAACAGAUGAAGCAAUACUUGAUCGGUGAGCUCGCCGAAGCGGAUCGGAAAAAGAAAACGAAAGUGGCCAGCAGUCUCACGAUCGAUAAGAGAUUGGCGUUAAUUGCUGGUUCGGCAGCGGCCAUCGGUGUUGGCCUGGCGAUGAUCUUUAAGGCGAACAAGAAGUAAACGGUGGUCACCACCAAGAGCUCCACCAAGGAACACACCAAGAAUAAGAAAAGGACAUGGGUCCCCACAGUAUUCUACGCUACUGCUGCUGUUGGUCGUAGAAGUUGGUUUUGAAAUACGUUUUUAGUGUUCAGAAGAGUAAGAGCAGCAGCGGCAGAAGAGUAGGCUUUGCGGUCGGUUCGGGUAUCGUCGCUUUCGAGAACAAUAAAUGAAAUAUUAGUCUAUGUAGCA